CUAUGUGAUGAAGAAGAUGCAGCCCAGCAAGAGAAAAGGAAAAAGAACAAAAAUAAGUGCAUGCCUCUUAAGUGUGACAAAGUUCCUUCCAACCCUAGCAUCAUCCUGGCUGCAUACACUAUCAGAAAGCUCAAGGCAGGUGAAUACUGCAAGCUGCACUACCUCACCAAUAAAGGCUUAGAAGAUACCAAAGCUGCAGUGCUGGUAGCAACCCUGAUGCACUCAUAA